AUGUACUUCUUCAUCUCACAACUGUCCAUCAGUGACAUUUUUGUGAUCUCAGAUAUUGUCCCCAACCUGCUCUACAUCCUACUGAAUAAUGGAGGAGCCAUUACUAUUAUUGAUUGCAUCACUCAGUUGUAUUUCUUCUGUGCCUCUGAAGCAGUUGAGUGUUUUCUUAUCGCCGUGAUGUCUUAUGACAGAUAUGUGGCCAUCUGUAAUCCACUUCACUACUUCACCAUCAUGACAGGAGGAUAUUGCAUAAUUUUGUCUAUAACCAGUUGGUUGCUUGGGUUUUCUAUCAUUUUAAUUCACAUCAUAAAAACUGCAAAACUAAAUUUUUGUGGGCCAAAUAUCAUUGACCAUUUAUUCUGUGAUCCUAUUCCCUUACUAGAACUUGCCUGUUCUGACACCUCUAUGAUCCACUUAGUGGUUUAUGUUAUGACUAUACCAAUUGUAAUAAUCCCGACCACAAUCAUUGUAGUGUCUUAUACAUAUAUUAUUUUAGCAGUCUUAAGGAUCCCAUCCAGUACUGGUAGACAGAAAGCCUUCUCCACCUGUAGCUCCCACCUCAUUGUGGUUUCCACAUUCUAUUGGACUAUGUUCAGUAUUUAUGCUGUUCCAUCAAAAGGCCUGACAAACGCCAUAAGUGGAUCGUGGAAGUGGAAAUAA